GAACGCACCGAUGCACCGUUCUCCGAUGCAAAGAUGGCUGAAUGGAUGUAUUUGAAUGUAUUUUCCUUCCUUUUUCCUUCACCCAAUAUUUGCUCCCAAAUGCUGACACUAUGUGGGAAUACAUGAAGUUUUCUUGUGGUCUACUAUUUUGGAAGCACACCUGCUUGUACGCCGGCUUCACUCCAGGCAUGAGCACACGGUAGCGGUCCACAAACUCCACAAAGGUGUAACGGAUGGGAUAACCUGCACGGCGGAUGCGGAUGGUCUCCAUCAUUCCCGAGUACCUCAGCUGACGCACGCACAGGUCCCGGUCAAACAGCUGCGACACAAACAAAACAAGACUCAACAAACAAGUUUGAUGCAGCGAACGAAAAACGGCUGACAGACGCUCAGAGUUCUCAUCAGCAACUCCAGAGAUCUUUUGAACUGACUGCUGAGAGUGGGAGAACGCUUCCUGGUCUCCGCCCCCUAAACGUGCACACACACACACACACACGUGUCAACAAAGUUGGUUUCGUCCUUCCGGAGCUCAACCUUCUUCCUCUUUAAUGGAGAGUGCUGGAAGGGAGAUGGAGACAAGAAGCAGGAGCAAAACCACACAGAAACUGCAAAGAAGCAGGAUGGUCAUGCAAAGAACACACACACACACACACACACAAAGAGAAGUGACUCAGAUGUGUGUAGAAACAUGCAGGACAGGAAAAGGCUCCACCAGAGAACAUUCCACUUCCAUUAUUUGUUUUAUUGCAAAUAAUGAUUUUGUUCAUGCUUGAGUAAAUUUUGUGUGUGUGUGUUACCAUGGCAACAUCUGCUUGGAAGAUUUGCUUGAUGAACUUGUUCUUGGAGGAGUGAACCAGCUGGAUGAUAUCACCAUAUAAAGUGUCCCUGUUCUUCUCCAGGAAGCCUGGAACCUGCUCUCCUCGUCGAUCAGCGAGAUGAUGUUCAUGGGCUUGAUGGCGAUCAUGUCCAGGGCGUCCUGGUUGUCGGUAAACUCGAUGUGCUGCCAGUUGAUGUUCUCCAGGUUGUACUCCUCCUGCUCCAGCUUGAAGACGUGACGCACAAAGAACUGCUGCAGGUUCUCGUUGGCGAAGUUGAUGCAAAGCUGCUCGAAGCUGGUGUGGUCCGUCACAGGGUUUUUGAAUAAUGUCCACAUGACCUAUACUGUGCGUGUGUGUGUUUGUGUUGUACCUGUUGACUGUAAAGUUUUCAAAGCCAAAGAUGUCCAACAGUCCGAUGGAGCGUCUGAUACCUUUGGACUGUGAGGAUGGAGGCUUGUAGAUGGCAGCGUUGAUCUUCUCCACGAUCCACACGAACAAGCGGCCGUAAAUACCCUGCAGACGCACACACGUCAUACAUCUUUGUGGUGUCGGUUUCACGAACCCAAAACAUUCGGUAUUUCACCUUCACAAAGGCAUCGCGCACAUCUAGUGCUUGUUCCAUGCUGAGGGGGGUGGACACCGUUUCUCCUCUAGUGAUCAAAGUUCUACUUGUUAGACAGUUCCUUAAGUCCUUACCAUCCACCUGGAAACACACACACACAAGGCAGGUGUUAUUAACAUAACUGGCGACCAAUCCAGGCGGUACACCAAGUCAGCUGGGAUAGUCUCUGAUAAAUAUGGUUUAUAAAUGGGUCUGAAUCUGUGUUAGUGAGCAUUCAUAACUCCCAGUUCAUCCACCUCAAAGCGAGGAGCAACUGAGGGUUCAGUAUGACCACAGCCACUCUACCACACUACCACAAAUAGUUGCCGUUUCCUAUAGGUAUUACUAGUCUUAUUGAAAGUGCCACUAUUGCAGAGCUGCAUGCAACUAUAAUACUCAUCAUCGUCAAUUAGAUUAUAUAUUGUAUUAUUAUUCUUAUUAACAAUAGUAGAAAACAGUAAUAGUUUUCUUCAAAUUGUUCAUCUCACCUCCAGCAGGGUUGCAGCAGUCGUAAGAUGCGGGCUGUGGACCACCUCACAGGCAUCCAGGUUGUCAUAGGUACGUGCUGCAGGUGCUAAGUCCCAGAAUGAUGACACACACUCCAACAACGAUGGGUGUCCACUGACCAUAGUCAGAUUCUCCGCUGUCGGACACACACAAGAGGACAUGUUUGAUGUCCUGAAUAAGGAAGACCAAGAUGGUAGCUGCCUACCUGAUGAUACAACACUGAUCACGGUUGUUCCUCUGCAUGUUGAAGUAACAGUUGUCAGCAAUGGCGAAGAUGUGAGGAGGCAUCUCACCGAUCUUUUUGUUUGUGUAGAGGCGUAUCUGGUCGGCCGUGUAGAUGGGAAGCAGCUGAUACGGGUUGAUGGCCACCAGGAUGGAGCCAGUAUAUGUCUGGAAGGAAGAUGCUAACAUCACCAGUGCGUCUCUUUGACCAAGUAAGCUAGCAGGGUGGACGAACAUGUCAGCGUUUGCCACCAGAGAAGAGGCAGCCAUAUUGGGAAUGAUCAACAUGCACGCAUGCACAGCUCGAUUACCACCAAGCACCAUGAGAAAGAUGCAGUUCAUCCGUCAAGCUAAUUUUUUGAGUUUGUCUUCAGAGCAAACAGGAAGAGGAAGGCAAAACAGAAGCAGAAAGUGAAGAAGAGAGAGUAGAAAAGCUGGAAGUAGAAGCUUAGCUAGAAGGCUGUCGGCUAUUCAGGCUUCACUACCUCCCCUUCGUCGUCCACGGCAACAGGAUGCCGCUUCCUCCUUAGGUGUGCCCGGCAGGUGUUGGAUUUCUGAGCAGACACUUCAAGCUCAUCCUGCCAGGAUGCCUGUACGUGUCCUAACAUUACCACACCCGUCUUGAAUACCAAUGAUGCUCAGAAUGACCAUUGUUGUGGUUCUUCUCCCGGUGAGGACAUCAGUGGUGUACCUUUGGUCCUGGCAGAGACACAGAGGACAUGUGAGGACUUUUCAUAUCCUUUUCAUCCAAGUGGUCACCCCUGAGGUGAAAUUUCGUAUUUUGGGGAAAACUAGGUUUAGCGUCAGCGUAGCAAGCACCAAAGGAUUAACUUGAUUUCUUUCAGACUCACAUUCAAAGCAGUAGGUCUCCAGCGUCACCCCCCGUGUCCUCACUUGCUAGCAAAGUUAACAUUUUAGACUUUUAACAUUGCUUUGCUCCUUUUUGCACUUGUAUGACACUUAAGAAUCCUACAUGCCUGUACCAUGGGCUCAGCCUUAAUGUACGUAUAAUUGCUGUCUAUUUGUUCUUUGUAUCGUGUUUAUUCUUCAUGAAUGAUUGAGUUACCUGCAUGUGUGUAUGUGUGUGUGUGUGUGUGUGUGUGCAUGCGUGCAUGUGAAUAAUUCAUGAUUCUAUUAUGAGGCUUCAUUUUGAUCCUUUGACUUCUCGGGAAGCCAAUUGGAACUUUUUGUUUGAGCCCCUCUUUGUGCUGGCUGCAGGCUGAAACACACACAUGCACUCGAACACAACACAAACAUUGGACACCUGAUUAGGUACACAAUGUAAUGUGCACCAGUAAUAAAGCCCAUUUGUCAGAAUGGUAUUGAUUGAACAAGAUGUUUAUUAUUGUGCACUGUAUCAUGCAUAGAGCUGUUUCUAAUAUUUUGAUCCAAGUUGGACAUCUCAUUUUCCUGCUCUCUUUGUGUGUGUUCAUCUGAGCGUCUGAUUGGACACCGUCUGAAAUUCCAUCACACAACUAAGUGAUGUCGACAGAGGGGGAGGGGCCAACGAACCAACUGAUGACGCCAGUGAACAUGUUGGCCCUACUUCACUAACACAACCCGAUCCAGUUCGCCCGAGGGGGUCUCCAUCACCCCCCACUGAGAGGCACGCCGGCCCAGUCUGACCGACUAAUGGCGACUAAUGCAGGCUGACUGCAAUGGAUUAUAGGAGACUUUCUGAGGGCGCACAAAUGGAAGGUCAAGGACUUUUUGAAAGUCGACACAAUUUGUACACGUGACCUUUGUCCCCUUCACAGCAAGAAGUCCAAGACUUCAUGAGUGGAUGAAGGGCAGACGAUGCUGACGAUGCUGGAAGCUUUUAAUCCCAGUGGUGGCAGGUUGAAGAAAACAAGUCAGAUCUUCAUUUCCAGCCUUGUUGUCUUCACGUCCUCCUCUUCUUCAUUUUGGCCUCUACCUGACCUCCAUCCGGUCCUCAGAGAAGGUCCACUUCCUGCUCAUGUGAAGCUUCCUCUUCUCCUGGGGGCGUGUCCAGCGGCCCAGCUGAGGCGGCAGCCAUGAUGGCGUUGAGGCGUGUCAGAGAGGCGGAGCGCUGCUUGAGUCUGGGGGCGGGGACUGGCUCGUCGGGCAGGUGGCCGUAUCGGCGGCCAUCUUCGUCGUACUGAUAGAGACGAAUGACGCGGCUUGGACGAGGCGGCAAGACUGGACGGGAGGAGGGUUCCUCUUUUUCGCCUUCGUGUCCAUCAUCAUCGUCUGUUUGUGAGGACGAGCCUUCACUGCUCACGUCUGCUCCUUCAUCGUCAUCGUAUCUCCUCUCUCCUGCAUUUUCAUCAUUUCCUCUUUCUUCCUCCUUCCUCCCAUCAUAACCUCCCACUUCUCCAAUGUCUUCUUCCUGUCUCCUCCCUUUCUCAUCCUCUUUGCUGGAAUCAUCUCCUGAUGGUCUAACAUCUGUGAGCUGUCCAUCACAUUCCUCCAGCCUUGCUCUCACCUCCUCCUUGCUCCUCCCAUCCACCUGGUCACAUGCUUCCAAGUAGGCAGCCGCCUCCUGCUCGUCCUCACCUCGUCUUUCCCGGAAGCUUCUCUGAGGUUUGGCAGGUGGAUUGGAUCCCAAGCUGCUUGCUGUCUCAUCAUCCCUCACCUGCUCCAUCGUGCUGUACAUGGAUGGGAGUGUCGCCAUGGUUAUGUCAGAGCCUGGCAGGUGAUGCUGUUGCCGUCGUGAUGAGCCAGGACCUUUUGCUAGCUUGAAAGUAAGGUUUGCCAACCUGAAAACAGGUCUCCUGCUCAGAGCUCCUACACUGAAGCCAAACGCAAAUAGCCAAGCUCCCUCCUGAACCUGAGGUGUUCACGCCCCCCAUCUUCUGGUUGCUUGUGGAGCUGGUAGGGGAACAGCGUGGACCCUCCGUCAUGCUGGAGGAGGCAGUAAUACAAGCCCUCGUGGAGGCUGCUCAGCUUGUUGACCACGAGGCUGCCAUCAUGGUGCAUGUAGACCGGGUCCUGUCUGGAAUGGAAGCCAGGUGUUUGGAGGUGUCCAAAGGGGGUGUGCCAGUAGGCCACCACACCUGCUGGUGGAAGAGGAGCACGUCACUCUCUAAGAAGGAAAGACAAAGUUGGCAAAGACGAGAAGAAGAGCAGCUGAGACCAGAGACAUUUUUGAGGAAGAAGGAUGGUGGUGCCGUUUGAUGGCCAGUCCUUCGCCGCUCUGAGGAUGAAGGCCCUGCAGAAAGGACACCUCUUUAAGGACCCUCGCUUUCCCGCCUCCGACAAGUCUCUCUUCUACAAGGAGAACCGCAUCGGUGAGGUCGCCUGGAAGAGGCCACAGGACUUAUGUGACAACCCACGGCUCUUUGUGGACGGCAUCAGCGCCCACGACCUCAACCAGGGUAAGCUGGGGAACUGCUGGUUUGUGGCGGCCUGCUCCAGUCUGGCCUCACAGGAAUCACUCUGGCAGAAGGUGAUUCCCGACCAUAAGAACCAGGUUUGGCACACCAUUUCUUACGCCGGGAUCUUCCACUUCCGCUUCUGGAGGUUUGGCACGUGGGUGGACGUGGUGAUUGACGACCGGCUGCCCACCAUGAACGGAAAGCUGAUCUACUGUCACUCAAACGAUGCCAGCGAGUUCUGGAGCGCUCUGGUGGAGAAGGCCUACGCCAAGUUAUGCGGGUGCUACGAGGCACUGGAUGGGGGCAACACGGCUGACGCCCUGACGGACUUCACUGGCGGCGUGUCCGAGAUGAUUGACCUGGCGGAAAAUCCAGCGAAGGCCGAUGUGGAGAAACGCAAAGAGUUGUUUGAGAGAGUCCUAAAAGUCCACGGCAGAGGAGGCCUCAUCAGCUGCUCCAUUAAGGUGACCAACAGCAGCAACAUGGAGGCGAAGUUGCCCAACGGCCUGGUCAAGGGCCACGCCUACGCAGUGACGGACGUGCGAAAGGUGAAGCUGGGCCGCGGCUUGAUGGCUAAAUUCAAGUCUGACAAAGUCAACAUGGUCCGCAUCCGGAACCCCUGGGGGCAGAGCGAGUGGACGGGAGCCUGGAGCGACAGUUCUGACGAGUGGAAACAGGUCAGCAAGAGUGAGAGGGAUGCGAUGGGCGUCGUCGUGCAAGAUGACGGCGAGUUCUGGAUGAACUUCGAUGACAUGAUCACCAACUUCACCGACCUCAUCAUGUGUCGCCUCAUCAACACGUCCCAUGUCAGCAUUUACAAGACCUGGGUUGAGGUUCUGGUGCACGGAGCUUGGCGGCGGCACAGUAAUCCCAUGCGGAACCGAGCUGGGGGCUGCGCCAACAACAAGGAGACUUUUCUCCAGAACCCUCAGUACAUGUUCAAAGUGAAGAAGUCCGUGGACGAGGUUCUCAUCAGUCUGCAGCAGAAAGACCGUAUAGCCACGGAGGCAGAAGACCAAAAAAAGAACCUGCCAAUCGGCUUCGACAUAUUCAGGGUAGAGUUGAACAGGAAGUACCGUAUGCACUCCCCCCAGGAGAAGAUCUGCGGCAGCGCCUACGUGAACUCUAGAUCGGUCUUCUUGCGCGCCGAGCUCAAGCACGGCCGCUACGUCAUCAUACCCACCACCUAUGACCCCGACGUGGAGGGGGACUUCCUGCUGCGCAUCUUCACCGACGUGGCCUGCCGCUGCAAGGAGCUGAUUGUGGACGUGCCCCGACGCACCUGCUGGUCCUGUCUGUGUAGCGGUUACCCGUCGUUGAUCACUCAGGUGCACGUCCUGAAGGCGGAAGGACUGGCUGAAGGAGGCUCUGAUUCAAACUGUAACCCCUACAUGAUCAUUAAAUGUGAAGGAGUCCAAGUCCGUUCCAUUUUCCAUCAACGCACACGCAGUCCUGUCUUUGACACCAAGGCUAUCUUCUACAGGAAGAAACCCACCCAGCCAAUCAGCAUUGAGGUGUACAGCCACAACAUGCUCAGGGACACCUUGCUGGGCCAGUUGUCCAUGUGCACCCAGUCAGGUGACAUCGACGACACGUUGCAGUUAAAGAACAAAAGCGAUGCCGACGCCGGCACAAUCACCGUCACCGUGGUGAGCAGUGCCAUGCUCAGCGGCAUCUAAGAGGUCGUUUAUCCUAAAAACUUUCAGCGACAAUUUCCCCUUUUCUGAUUUUUCUCUGUCAAAGAAAGUUUACAAAGUGUCUAGUUGACUUUUUUUUAAAGGUAUUGCUUUGUAAUUGCUAUUUUUAUAAUGUCCUGCUUCCUCACACUGGCCUACAAACGCCAUCUUGUUGUCUUGGGGGGGGGAAACUUUCAUGGCAGUGACCGUCAGGCGUCGACUGUCUGUUGCUGUGUCACAUGACGCUUCACUUUGUCGCUUUUCACUCUCACUGUUCUGAGCACCAUGACAACCACGACAACCACUGUUCAAUUCAAUGUGUAUGCUCGUGCUAAGAUAAAAGUCAUCUUUUUCCCUUCACGCACAUGCUGUGUCAACUAAUUUAUUAAGAACUCCAAUAUAACUCCCAACAUGGACGCAUUUUCUAGCAUUUUCGAAACCAAGUUGCCGCCCAAUCUUUACAUCCCUACUUAUUCAGGAUGUCCGAUAUUGGCUUUUUUUUGCAGAAAACUGAUAUGCCGAACUCUCAAUUUCUGAUAGUGAUAUUGAUACUGAUAUGAGCAAAGUGACAUAUCUCCUGUGGUGGAAUGAACAUAUGUGUUGUAUACAGCAUUUCUUAUAUAAUAUUAA